GAUUCAUCAAGCCCGCGGAUCACCUUGUCAAUUCCUGAGUUAAUGAUCUCAAGUGGAAGGAUUCAUGGGAUUAUCCUCUCGUUCCACUCCCGCCUGAAAUUGAACGCUUUCUGCGAUCCACCCUCCCUACUUUUUGUUUUUGCAAUCUGUCUCUAGUUUGGUUGUCUAUGGACUCAUGCAAGUAACGGAUUACAAAGUGAUUGCACCAUUGGAUCAGGAAGUUAAAGAUGACGCCACGCGUACCUCACAGAUGAGGCAACCCCUGAGUCUCUGUAUUCUGAGACCGAAACUCGAGUCCGCAGCGGCACUUCCAAAUGGGGAAACGAUUGGUGCCUUCUUGAAUCACAAGAAGAGUGACCAAUUGGAUUCCAACGUUCAGCGCAUUUCCGAUCGGUCAUUGAAAGCCGAAGAAGAUGCUCCUGUGUUCUCUUCGGACGAACCUUGCGCAGUCCAGGCCCUGCCAGUGUCCUCCGUUUCUGGGCAAGACAAGCGAGAACACACGUGCAGCUACUGUGAUAAAUCGUUCUCCCAAGCAGGCAAUCUGAAGAUGCACAUCCGUUCUGUACAUUUGAACCAACGCCCCUAUUCAUGCGAAUACUGUAAACAAUUGUUUACCGAGAAGAACCAUGUGCGAAGACAUAUCGAAACCGUUCAUUUGAAGAAAUCAGCGGAUGGAACCUGA